AUGACUAUAAAAGCUAGUCAAUCUGGAUCCAUAUUCCUUGAGUUUGCUGAAGCUCAGAAUUGCACCAACAUAUUCGAAAAGCUUCACCACAGGACCAAUCUUAACAACUGUGAUCUCCAAGAUUUUAUCUCUUUGCCAACACCAAACUUGUGCUCAAACAAUGUUGAUUCAGUCAUUGGUCUUCUUGGGGUUGACACGUACAACUCUUUACGGUCUAAUUGUAAAGCCUUAUCUAGCAGUAAUCAUAGCGAUGAAGCAUGUUUCGAUUGUGUUGUUUCUUAUAGGCAGUCAUUGCAAGCUCUAAAAGAAAGAAAUAGAUCAGAGUCUCCAUGGCCUAUAGGCCCUACACAGAAUCAAAACAAAGUCUCCAAGAAGACAGUAGAGGAAGAAUCCAGGAGUUUCUUUAACUGCUCUGGUCUUUACCUAUUCUCACAAGAUGAAGUGUUGAAAGCUACCAACCAUUUUGAUGAUUCAAACUUGAUUGGAGAGGCAACACUUGGGAAAUUCUAUGUUGGGAUAAUGCCUAGUGGAAUGCCAACAACAAUUAAGAGACUUAAUCAGGGGAUCAUUAAAGUUCAAAAUUUCGGCGAAGAGGUAAUAAGGAAAGCCAAGAUAAGGCAUCCUAAUGUGGUGACCACUUUGGGAUAUUGUGAUACAGGAGAGCACUGUCUUGUUUAUGAGUAUUGUGUAAACGGUAACCUAGCAGGCUGGCUUCUUGGUAAGGUUUAA